GCGCCAAUUUCAUUCUUUGUGUGCUUGUCAAAUUCGUCAAUGUCAUAAUAAUUUAUUAAAAUUUUGCCAGUUGCCUUUGUCUACUAAGAUUUUGGUAAUUUUUCAUUCUGUUUCGAAAAAUCAUAUUUUUUUUUCAAGAAUUGUAUAAGAAAAUGCCUGAAGAAUCAGCACCAGUUUUGAAAUUCACUCGUAUGAGUGAACACGCUUUCCCGCCGAUGAAAGGAUCAGAUAAAGCUGCCGGUUUCGAUUUAAAGAGCGCCUAUGACUACGUUGUACCGAGUAGAGGGAAAGAACUUGUAAAAACCGAUUUGCAAAUUGAGCUGCCUUCUGGUUGUUAUGGCAGAGUAGCGCCACGAUCUGGGUUAGCUGUUAAAAACUUCAUAGAUGUUGGUGCGGGAGUAAUCGAUGAAGACUAUAGAGGCAAUGUUGGUGUUGUUCUCUUUAACCAUUCAGACCAAGAUUUUGUAGUCAAGAAAGGAGAUCGAAUUGCUCAGCUUAUCUGUGAAAGAAUCUGCUAUCCAGUGUUAACAGAGGUUACAAAUUUGACAGAUACUAAAAGGGGUGAUGGUGGAUUUGGUUCCACUGGUAAGCAAUAAAAUUGGACCUUUUCACCAUCUUCCCACCUCCCAGAUUUGUAAACCAAUUAACUUCGCAAACCACUUCAGGUACUUCCUUCCUUUCAAAAGAAAGUGUCCAGUUAUGAGCUGACCACAAAACAAUAAUGUUGGUUUGCUCAUUCAUUUACUUUGUAUUUUAAAACUUGUUAUGAAUAUUUUAAUGUAAGUCUUCUAUGUGGUAUUCUUCUAAGUUUAAUUAAUAAAUAAGUAUUUUGUAAUAAAUCAUGUCAUGUCUUUAUUGCUGGGUCGGCAGUGCAGUAGUAAUUUCAGGUAAAUUAUUUACUUAUGUUUUCUCAUACUUUUCUUAGUGACAUCUAAUCUAAAAUAUAUGAUACACCUACUGCUUCAUAUGCACUCAAAAAAAAAAUAGAUGAACUACAUGAGGAAAUAAAAUAAAAAAAUUCAACUAUUUUAUAGGAUUUAUUGGAAUUGUACUAUUUUCCUUAUGAAUCUAAAUUCUCAAAAUUAUCUAAAACUGUUUCCAGCUUCAAUUUAUCAGGAACAACUAAAGCAUUUUUAGUUAGCAUGGGUUCCUUCUUCUUUAAGAAUGGUUUGAAUAGAUUUUUUAAUUUGCUGUCGUUAUUUACACCAAAGUCAUGUUCAGCUUUCUCUACUUGGUUUUCCAAUAACUCUACAUUUAAGGACAAUCUUGACACUACACUUAUAAGUGUUUCAAUCUUCUUUGAAAGUAAAUUUAUUUCAUUUCGAUAUUUCUUUAUAUCUUGUGUUACUGUCGAAUUACAAUCACUGUUUUUCACCCUUAUCAUUUGUAAUACACUUGAUAAUUCUUCUAACCUCGUUAGCAUAUUAUCAAUAACAUCUUGCACCAUAUGAAACCCAUUCGAAACAUCGAGUUUCAAAUAAGCAGCAUAAUCUUGGAUAACUUCUUGCAACAUACCUAUUUGUUUUAUUCUUGUUUAGACUCCAAAAUCUGGAUAUAAAUAUUCGAGUACACUCACUAUGACCAUAUCAAAAAUAUCUGUCAAUAAUUUUGACAAGUCUUUUAAAGAAGUCGGGCAUAGAGGGAUGAACUUGAUAAGUAUUUCCAUCGCGGUUUUCCAUGGAAACUCAAUAUAUCAAUAACCAUUUGAAAAGUAAACUUGAUAAUAUUACAAACCUGAACCAAUAUCUAUUCAAAUUGGAAGGGAUUCUAGGAUUGUGAAAUCUUAAGGACCAUGACAUUAUUUUCGACUCAUUUUCUUGCUAUUGCAACCCCA